CACACAGUUCACCUCAAACAACCAUCUCCACCUUCUCCCUGCACAGUUCCCACCCUCCCUGUGGAGAAGUUUAUACUCUUCUAGGCGUGUUUUAUUGAGGGCUUCUGGAAGAGGGAGGAGCUAAAGAGAGGCAGUGUUAUGUACAGGUGGUGCACACUGGAGAGAAGCAGUUGUUUGUGCUCAAACAAGCAGGGGGGAAGUGUGUUGUAAGGUGCAGCGUCAGGCGUGAGCUAUUCAGAGACGGGUUGAACUGGUUUUCAAACCACAGUACAUGCGUUUCUCUCUUAGUCAUUUACGCUAGCAGCUAGGGGAGAAGUCGAGCUGGGAAGUUGUUUGCAUUUUACCUCUUGGCUGAAGAAAGGAGUUUCAACAUGCCUGAAGACGAACAGUUUUAUGGAAAGAAUGGCGAGCCAAGAAAGUACGAUCCCAACUUCAAAGGUCCAAUCCACAACAGGAGCUGCACAGAUAUCAUCUGCUGCAUCCUUUUUGGCAUUGCUAUAGUGGCUUAUAUAGGUGUUGGAAUACUCGCCUGGACCCAUGGUGACCCGAGGAAGGCGAUAUACCCCACGGACAGUCGAGGCCAGUUCUGUGGGCAGGCCGGCACUCCACUUGGGAACAAAAGCAAUUUAUUCUACUUCAAUAUCAUGAAAUGUGCCAGCCCCAUGGUGCUGCUGGAGUUUCAGUGUCCGACCACACAGAUGUGUGUGCAGAGUUGCCCAGAUAGGUUUUUGACGUUAGUCAAUGCGUACGCCAACACAAAGGACUUUGACUACUACAAGAAUUAUUGCAAGGAGGGUGUGACGCAGUCAAUGGGUGUACCCAAAAUCCUCCAGUUAGGUCUCUGUCCUGCUAUGUUGAUACCCAGCAAGCCCUUCACCCGAAGGUGCUUUCCAGCUUUAGGCUUAAAAGAUGGCAAAGUGACUGUAGGAAACAACACUCAGUUUGACGAUGGAUCUGGAAACAUGAGGGAUGCCAAGGAUCUUGUAGAUGGAGUAAAAAAUGCCACUUUGGUUAUUGAAGCUCGUCAGACGAUUAUGAAAAUYUUUGAGGAUUUCACUCACUCGUGGUACUGGAUCAUCCUAGGGUUGGUUAUUGCCAUGGUCAUCAGCUUGCUCUUCAUCUUCCUCAUGCGUUUCCUGGCUGGCAUCAUGGUCUGGAUCAUCAUUGCUUUGGUGAUAGCUGUGAUAGGAUACGGUAUCUUCCACUGCUACAUGGAGUAUGCUGCCCUUAAGGGACAAGCAGGUGCUAAUGUGACCAUCCAGGAACUGGGCUUCCAGACCGACUUCACAGUCUACCUUCAGAUCCGACAGACGUGGCUGGCCUUCAUGAUUAUCCUGGCCAUCACAGAGGUCAUCAUCAUCCUACUUCUCAUCUUCCUCAGGAAGAGGAUUCUCAUCGCUAUUGCUCUCAUUAAAGAGGCCAGCAAAGCCAUUCGAUAUAUGAUGUUUUCCCUUAUUUACCCACUGGUCACUUUCCUUCUCCUGGCCAUCGUCAUCGCCUACUGGGCAGUAACUGCUGUUUUCUUAUCAACCUCCAAUGAGGCCAUCUACAAAAUUUUCAACACAUCUGCGUGUGAAUACUCGAGGCAAAAUUGUGAUCCAGCUAACUACUCAACAAGUUCCAUGAAAACACAGUGUCCUGACUCGCAGUGUCUUUUUGCCUUCUACGGUGGAGAAACGGUUUACCACAAAUACCUGAUCGGCCUGCAGUUCUACAACGUCUUCCUCCUCUUCUGGUGUGCCAACUUCGUUAUCGGUCUGGGACAGAUGACCUUAGCUGGGGCUUUUGCCUCGUACUACUGGGCCUUUUCCAAACCAAAGGAUAUACCCAAAUCCCCCGUAUUUUCUUCCAUGGGGAGAGCUCUCAGGUACCACACAGGAAGUCUGGCGUUUGGCUCUUUAAUCCUCGCAAUCGUUCAGGUUAUCAGGGUUCUUCUGGAGUAUUUGGACCACAAACUGAAAGGAGCCCAAAACAAGUUUGCAAAAUUCCUGUUGUGCUGUCUGAAGUGCUGCUUCUGGUGUCUGGAGAAAUGUAUCAAGUUCCUGAACAGAAACGCCUACAUCAUGAUUGCGAUUUAUGGCAAAAACUUUUGCACUUCUGCCAAAGAUGCCUUCCUCCUCCUCCUGAGGAAUGUUGUCAGGGUUGUGGUGGUAGACAAAGUGACAGAUUUUCUCUUGUUUUUGGGAAAACUUCUCGUCGUUGGGCUUGUUGGGGUCUUUGCUUUCUUCUUCUUCUCUGGAAGAGUCCAGGCUUUUCAGAAUACAGCUCCUAAUCUGCACUACUACUGGGUACCCAUCCUGACUGUGGUGAUWGGCUCAUAUCUCAUCGCUCAUGGAUUCUUCAGUGUCUAUUCAAUGUGUGUGGACACACUGUUCCUCUGUUUCUGUGAAGACCUGGAACGCAACGAUGGUUCAGCUGCUCGGCCUUAUUACAUGACGCCGAGUCUUCGUGAGAUUCUGUGGAAGGAUAAGACGGAGAGUCUGUCUUCACAGCAGCAGCUUGAUGAGGACACCCAGCUGAAACAAGAGCCUCAGGAGGACACAGCUUAGAGACCAGGACUUAGAGACACAACAUUUACAAACAGUUUUCAGCUGUUUGCAAUCCUCAGAGGAARGAGCUGGAGUUCAGUUACCCAGUAGGACGUUAACACAGCUCCAAAACACCAAGCCUUAAAGUGGCACAAAUGUAAUGUUCAGUUUCAGGAAAUCCAAUUCUUUGAGUUGUAAACUGAUAUUAUAUGGUUUCCCUUCAUCAUGUGACUCUAAUGGAAAUACUAAAUCCUUCAAUUUCUUUGGUCUGGGGGUCAUUGGAAAUGUUAGGAAUAAAUACCACUCUUUUUAAUGACCUUAAUUUAGAGAAAUAAAUUAUUUCUGACCAGAUUAAUGAGCCAACGACAACUCUGAGUGGAGCCUAGAGCCUAAACUGAACUGCUGCUAUCUUAAAAUAACUCAAUAUUUAAAAACAAAUAGUGGAUUCUAACUCUAUAACACUAUUCUAACACUGUGUAAUAAAACAAAACCAUUAUCGGUUGCGCAUUUUGCUGUUAUUCUGGCAGAAAUAUAAURCAUACUGUGCCAGAAGUGCUACAGCUAGCUGCUGCUGUCCCUGUUGGUUGGUACAGAUAACUACAAAUAUCUAUGCAAAUAACUGUAAUGAAGUUGAUGACAUUAAGGUUCGGUUUUAUUUAGUGGUAGUUGCAUCAUUAUGACCUUUUUGAUAUGAGGUUUUUAAGCAGCACUUUGGUCCUGGGCUAACAAAGAUUAGCCAUUAGCUUGUCAGUCCGGUCAGGGGAAAAAAAAACUUAUCAGUUGUUUAGCUAUUUCUUUAAAUUCAAUGCUGAAAAUUUCAAACUUGCUUAACUGGUUUAUUGAGAACACUUCUGUAGUGUGGUGUUUCAUCUUAAUAUGACUAAGUUAGAAGUAGUUUACUUUAGAUGUAGAUUAUUUUGUUCUCAUGUGAUUUCCCUGAAUUCAAAUAGACACCAUAUUAGACCAUCUUUAUUAAACUAAAAGCUUUAAUUCGUUUAACCACAGCUUUUCGUUUUAUUAUAGAUGGUCAACUACAGAUAAAACUUAGCAACACUUUUAGCGUGUGCUUAUCUGCGUUUUCCUCCAACUGUUUGUAAAGUUUUUACACUAGUUGGCUGAUCGCUCACUGUUGGCAUAAAGUGGAUGGUCAGCUGAACUCAUGUCUUGGCAUAGGAAUCAUGGAAUGAGGUAAAGUUUCUCUUCAUAGCUAAAUAUUUUAAAUAAAACUGACAACACUGUACUUUGUAAGUUCAGGCAAGCAUCUGGACACUGCAUGAAUGACUUGUGUCUCCUAACUUCUGCCUCUUUAACAUCUCGUCUCUUCCAGUAAAACUUGAACCCCGUCUUGUGCCUUUUUUACAGCUGAUUUCAGAACCACUUGGGCCAUUAGUUGGGAGUUUUGCGCAGUAAAGCACUUUAAUUUUCACACUAAGCCAUGUCAAAUUUUAGUCUGUACAAGUGAACUGGGAUUUAAACUUUUUUUUAGGAUUUAUAUUUUGUAUCUCUCUAUAAUAGAUUUGUGCUUAGUCACUUGUACCGAGUCUAAGACAAUAAAAACAAACUUGAAAUCAAA